GUCUCUUAGGUUAAAGAUCACCCGGUUUCUUUCUUUCUUGCAGCAAAAAGCAAUCCGCCGUCAAGCUUCGUUCGUCGCUCAGAAGAAGAAGCUGAAAACAUGGCGUAUCAAGCAAUGAAGCCCGGAAAGGCUGGUUUGGAAGAGCCACUUGAGCAAAUUCAUAAGAUCAGGAUUACUCUCUCCUCCAAGAACGUCAAGAACUUGGAAAAAGUGUGCACUGAUUUGGUUCGUGGAGCCAAGGACAAGAGACUGAGAGUUAAGGGACCAGUGAGAAUGCCCACCAAGGUUCUUAAAAUCACUACCCGAAAAGCUCCUUGUGGUGAAGGUACCAACACAUGGGACAGAUUUGAACUCAGGGUUCACAAGCGAGUGAUUGAUCUCUUCAGCUCUCCUGAUGUGGUCAAGCAGAUCACUUCCAUCACCAUUGAGCCUGGUGUUGAGGUUGAGGUCACCAUCGCCGACUCUUAGAUCAACCCUACUUCUUUGUUUGCUUUCUCUUUUCAAUUUAUCUUAUGAGAAACAAUCUUCUUUCCUCGGUUCUUAACUACACUUGCUUCUCUCCGGUUGAGGUGGAUAAACAAAUGUUUUGUUGUAGUGAAACCCUAUUUCUUAUGUUUUCUUAAUUGAAUAGAUUUUGAAGAUUGAUAUUAUAGUUACGUGCUUUUAUCUCAA